GUCAUUGUCUCCGAACAAUUUAUAAAAUCGAUAGAAACUAUCUCAGAUUCUACGAAACAGUUUCGACUUUGUUGCUGAAGAAUGCAGGAAACCCUGCGGGAUUCGGAAGUCUAUAAUCAGCGAAAGAAAUAUAACCAUAGCUAGUGGAAAAUUGUAGAAAAUUGCUGGAUAAAUAUCGCCGCGUGCAAAUACAAAUAAACCCUACUUUUUAGUGAGCAAAGCCAAGCUCUGCCAGUGUUCUUGAAAAAGUGAACACGGAAACGUCGCGAAGCUCUGUAACAAUGAAUAUCAGAAACAUAUUUCUGACUUCGAUAAUGUGUGCUCAUGUUCUGGUAACUCAAUCGACGUUGCGGAUCGAGCUGGAUCGAUUCGAAGAGCUGACGGAAGGAUUGACGUCAGUGUUAGGCGACUGUAAGACGUUGAAGCAAAAUGCAAUCGGUGUCUUAACGAGUCCGCAGACAGCCAUCAAAUGGACCAAACAGUCCCUGAAAUCAGUCUCGCUGAUGAUCCUCGACGACGUAGAGAAAGCGAGACAAUUUCCAAGAGGAACUUUCGAUCACAAUCUGAACACGUUUUUAAUCACUGUGCCGUCCUCGUACCGUUUAAGAAGAAGCGUCCAAACGUUACGAGACACGAGUUUGUGGAAUCCUUCCGCUCUUUACAUAAUUGUCGACGAUAAGGAAAGCAAAGCCAGCUGUCGGAAUGCUUACCGAUUUCUUAAGACCAUGUGGGAGGAAGAUCUGCUGUCGUCAACGUUUGCCUGCGUCAACGGCGAAAGUAACAAUUACGAUGUGUAUACGUUCAACCCCUUCGCUUCUUGGGCGCCGAGACCGUGGCAACGAGUUGACGAAAACGAGGAACAUCGUCAUGGGGGUCAUUGGACUCUUCUGUCACAGACUUUCAACCUCGGUCGAACAACCUGCGGCGACCUGAACUUCCGGAAAACCGGGACACUGGGUGGUCACACGAUAAGAGCACUAGCAAGAGACAGUCCCCCGAACAUGUACAUCUAUCCCUCGGAGAAGGGUCUCGCGAAGCUGGACGGCCUGGACGGCACGAUCGCGAAAAUGCUUUGGCGCAAACUGAACGCGACACUGCGGAUAACUGCGAUCAGGAACGUCACCCACUACGAGGAUUACCAGCGUCUGCUGUCGAAGCGGGGCCACGACAUAUUCUUGAACAAUCAGUACAUCUUCAACAAGCCGGACGCGAUCACCACCUACCCCCACCUAAACUCGGGCAUAAGCGUGUUAACGAGGCAGCCGGAAAACGAGACGGCCUACGAGAAGAUCCUGAAGUUCAUGAACCCGGUGUUCAUGCUGGCAGUGAUCCUAGUAUGCCUGGCCACCGUGAUCCUUCUGCGAGUCUUCCUGGGCCGAGGGAUAACAGAAGCGAGUCUGGAAGUGCUGCGGAUGAUGCUGACCUUCUCGAUGCUGAGGUUCCCGAGGCGAAGCGCUUACAGGAUCUACUUGCUCACGGUCUUCGUACUGUUCGUGCUGACCUCCUCGACCUUCCAGAGCAACCUGUCCUCCCUGCUGACCUCUCCUAGCCCGUCGCUGUCCGUUGACGACACGGACACCUUGAUAGAGUCGAGAUUCGCGAUCUACGCGUAUCGCGGCUACAAGAACGCGCUAUUCGACGACAUCCUCUUCUCCAGGGUGAAGACGGUGGACCAUUGGGACUGCAGCGAGCAGGUGAUCACCCUGAGGAACGUUGCCUGCGUGGCCGACAGGUCGACGCUGCUGAGGGUUGCGUUCAAGAAGAAUCUUCACCUGUCGCAGCACAGAAUACAAACCUUGUCCUCCGCUUUCGUCGUUCGACCCGACUGGCCGCUUAACGAUAGAGUCAGCUCGAUGUUGUUGCAUCUGUCGGAGGGGGGACUGAUCGAUCUCGCCUGGAGGAACACCAUGGCUAAUUACGUGAGGAAGUGGAUGACGAAGGUGGACGCUGGGAAGAAGAGCUACGAAGUGAUGAAACUGGAGGAUCUAGCGUUCGCGUUUUAUAUGUUGUUCCUGGGGCUUGGAGCCGCUCUGUUGGCGUUCCUCGUUGAGAUAGGGGUGCGGAGCCGGAAGGGGAGAGCCGGCGGGUGGAACAAUGGGUCGGGCAUGCUGGCGUGAUCAAGUUAAUGGAAUUUUGUCGAGGUGAUUUGUUGCUUGAAUGUGCUGAAUUAUCGUGUUGGACGUUUCUGCGCGACGCGAUUCGUUUGUCUUGGACUUGGAAAGUAAUUUUUGGGGUUAUAGGAUGAUGCUGAAUUUAUUUAAUAAUGUUAGGAAUAGUGCUUGGGGUGUAUAAAUAUUGUACGUGCGCGCGAGAUGCGAGACGCAUUUUUGCAAAGUAAAAUUAUUUCGUGGUCAAUUGCGAGACAUAGGAAUUUGGUGAAAAUGUAUUUCUUCUCUUUAUAAUUUUAAUAAACUAAA